GUGACAGGCUGUAGCAUAAAUAGGAGCCCACGAGGAAGCUGAGCUGGUGUGUAAUGAUAGGGGCAGCCGCCGCGGCUGCAGCAAACCGACGCUCCUGGAGCCCGUGCCACACACAGGUGCUCCGGAGGGGCAAGGGGGUAAUUAGAUCGCCACGAAGGCUCUUACACACCUCUGAGUUUUCACCUGUGGACAUCACAGUGCCGAGCCAGUCAGUGAAAGCAAAGAGGAAGCAGGGACCAGUCACAUCUAGAGAAACCAAAGUUGAAAGUUUGUUUGUGUUUGUUUUUUUUUCUUCUUUUUCUUUUUUUCUUCACUCCCCUCCCCUGGUGUGACACUAUCAUGGUCAGAAAGCCAGUUGUGGCCACCAUCUCCAAAGGAGGUUACCUGCCUGGCAAUGUGAGUGGGAGGCUGCCCUCCAUGGGGGACCAAGAGCCACCUGGGCAGAAGAAGGUGGUUCUGAAAAAGAAGAUCACUUUGCUGAGGGGGGUCUCCAUCAUCAUCGGCACCGUCAUCGGAUCGGGCAUCUUCAUCUCCCCCAAGGGCAUACUCCAGAACACGGGCAGCGUGGGCAUGUCCCUGGUUUUCUGGUCGGCCUGUGGAGUCCUGUCACUUUUUGGAGCCUUGUCCUACGCCGAAUUGGGGACAAGCAUAAAGAAAUCUGGCGGUCAUUACACGUACAUUCUGGAGGUCUUUGGCCCUUUACUAGCUUUUGUCCGAGUCUGGGUGGAACUGCUCAUAAUACGCCCUGGAGCUACGGCUGUGAUAUCCUUGGCCUUUGGACGCUACAUUCUGGAACCGUUUUUUGUUCAAUGUGAAAUCCCUGAACUUGCAAUCAAGCUUGUAACAGCUGUGGGCAUCACUGUGGUGAUGGUCCUAAAUAGCAUGAGUGUCAGCUGGAGCGCCCGGAUCCAGAUUUUCCUAACCUUUUGCAAGCUCACAGCGAUUCUGAUAAUUAUAGUCCCUGGAGUGAUACAGCUAAUUAAAGGGCACACACAGCACUUUGAAAAUGCAUUUUCAGGAAGAGAUACAAAUCUGAUGGGGUUGCCCUUGGCUUUUUAUUAUGGGAUGUACGCAUAUGCUGGUUGGUUUUACCUCAACUUUAUUACUGAAGAAGUUGAAAAUCCUGAAAAAAACAUCCCCCUGGCAAUCUGCAUUUCCAUGGCCAUCAUCACAGUCGGCUAUGUGCUAACAAACGUGGCCUAUUUUACGACCAUCAGUGCCGAGGAGUUGCUGCUAUCCAAUGCUGUGGCGGUGACCUUCUCUGAGCGGCUGCUGGGAAAUUUCUCAUUAGCAGUCCCGAUCUUUGUUGCCCUCUCCUGCUUCGGCUCCAUGAACGGUGGCGUGUUCGCUGUCUCCAGGUUGUUUUACGUUGCGUCUCGAGAAGGGCACCUUCCGGAAAUCCUUUCCAUGAUUCAUGUCCACAAGCACACUCCUCUGCCAGCUGUUAUUGUUUUGCAUCCUCUGACGAUGAUAAUGCUCUUCUCCGGAGACCUCUACAGUCUUCUGAAUUUCCUCAGUUUUGCCAGGUGGCUUUUUAUGGGACUGGUAGUUGCCGGGUUGAUUUAUCUUCGAUACAAACGCCCAGAUAUGCAUCGUCCUUUCAAGGUGCCUCUGUUCAUCCCGGCCUUGUUCUCCUUUACCUGCCUCUUCAUGGUCAUUCUCUCCCUUUACUCGGAUCCGUUUAGCACCGGGAUCGGCUUCCUCAUCACACUGACCGGAGUCCCUGCGUAUUAUCUCUUCAUUGUGUGGGAUAAGAAACCCAAGUGGUUCAGACAAUUAUCAGACAGAAUAACCAGAACAUUGCAGAUAAUACUAGAAGUUGUACCAGAAGACUCUAAAGAAUUAUGAACUUAAUGCAUCAAAAUCUUGGCCAUCUGCCCAGGACCGAGAUACAAAGUGGAUCUUUAUUUCAAGAAGACACGACUUUGGUGAUGGACUAAAGGAAGCGAUUGUUUCUAUCCAUAUCCUCUAGUGUAUUCAGAGUAGUCUCUGAGCAGUUUACUGAUAACUCAGUGUAUUUGUAGAAAGCAAAGAUGCAAGUCGUACAGUGAGGCAAGCUCAGCUCUUGAGCCUGGUGCUUACCCAUCGAGGUAAGAAAGACAAAGGGCACUGACAACUGGGGUAUCACUCUCUGCAACAUUUCUUAUCCUGACUGAGAACCUUCAAAUAGAAGACCAAAGUGUUUUCUGUAUAUAAGGGAGGUCUGUAAACAUAGCUUUACUACUGGGACAUCUAUACUGUGAAAGGUGUUUUCUGUCUUACUGGAGAAAAAUGUCAUUAUUGUGGCAAAGGGUCCAGAAAUAACUUUAAUUUACAUAGACCUUGGAUUGUUUUCCUCUAGUGACCAGCAUGACUGUUACUUAUCUUUCGAUGGCUUGUACUUUGAGAGCAUCAGAACAAAAGAUGGGGGGAGUAGUGUGUGUGUGUGUCUGUCUGUCUGUCUGUGUCUGUGUAUGUAGCUUGAGAUCAAACUCAGGGCUUUGCAAAAGCCAAGCAAGCACUCUACCAUCAAGCUACAGCCACAUGCCUUACUUUUCUUGAGCGCAUUAAAGAAGCAUUCCUUGAGGCUGAUAUUAAGAGGCAAUCCUAGGAUUUAUGUUUGAAUAAAGAUUGUGGAGACUGUGUUAGGUGAAAUAUGAUCUCACUUAUUGUGAGGAGGUUUGGUGUUUGGAAUGUCACUUUGUUUUUAUCCUGGUCCCUGAGUUCUGGAAAAUGUGUACUUUUUGCUCUGACAUCCAUUGAUGGACCACCUCUUUGGUUCUUUACUUCUUGAUGAAUAAAACUAAAUUUUAAUCACUACGGCACAACAUCAACAUGGGAGAAAUUGCCCACGAAACUCUAAAUGUCGGGCUUUAUCUCUAUAACCACAGUUAUACUUAGUGUUAGUAAUUCUAAUCAUUUCCUUUUCCUUUGUGGCUAUUUUUCCAUGGUGAUGAGUUUUGACAGUGUCUACAUUUCCUUUACAGUUCUGUUGAGAUAUGUCUCUGGACAAAACUAUCUGGAUCAAUUAGGAAAAACACAGACUUACAUAAAAACUAUGGAAGAAAUGCCACUGCAUAGUUCAACUUUCAACCUAGCUUUUAAAAAGUUUUUACUUCUAAAUCUAGGCUUUUUCAAUCAUUUCCUCACUUUAGUUAUGAUUCAACUUGCAAAAGGGGUAACUGCAGGCAAACCUAUUGGAAGGAGAGUCUUCGGUAUGUGUGUUCAGCUAGGUGGUGCUAGGUCAGAGUUAGAGAACACUGGUCAAUUUUCAAAUGGGAUGAAGGUAAUGGUGGGAUUUUUAAAACCCUUAUUUCUAACAUCCAAAGAUUAAGUGCUCAGCAUGGCCACAGUAACUUUCAUCUCUUACAUUCUGACUGCUUAAAAAUGAAACAUUUAAAAGAUUAUUGUAAUAAAAUCAUUGCAUUUAUAGUUAAUUGCCCAAAGUACCAAUGAUUAUUUUAAUCCAGAACAAUUCACCAGUUCAGUUUUUUAAAGCCUUAAUGACAUUUUAUGUAUAUCGAAAGUUGACUUUUUUUUUUAAAAGACCAAACUAAGUGUUUAUUUUCCUAAGUGAGUCAGUAACAAUUCCUUCUGUUUUUACUAACAUGGAUAUACUAACCAUAUGUCUGGUCUCUAGAAUUAAAAUAGUGUUACCAAAAUACACCUAUUUCUAGCAGAUGCCACUGGGGAGGUGCAUAUUUUUAUAUUGCUAUUUUUACGCUAGACCCACAGAUUUAAUGUGGUGGUGUCUUCUUACCUACAAAAUGAGUGAAGCCAUGGAAAGAGUCCUGCAGGUCUUGGUUCUUUCUGAGGCUCUUGUGCUCCCUGGCUGCUUGGUCUCAUUGUGCUAUGUAUCUUUCCUUGUGCAAGCUGAUCAGAGUACACUUUAUCACCCGUCCUCUCUUUUCAAAGACUUUUUGGUAGUGUUAGAUUUAUAAUGGCAUUGUAAUACUAUUUUAACCAAGCACAGGAAAAAAAUAACCAAUCAGUAUUUCUUUAAAAUACAAUCCACGGAGUUGCAUUUCCACUUACUUUGAAAUUAUAUCUCAAGAGAGCACAGCAUUUUUUUUUAGUCAUGAAAUUCAUGUCCCUAAUUGUUCUAGCGAGAGCUUGUAAAUCAGAUCUUUUUAUUUAGAAAUAGUGCUGCACACUUGUGUGUUUUUAUACAAAGUAAAUUCUUUUAUCUUAUUUUAGAUUAAUGUGUGUAUAUACACAUGUGAUUAUGUGUGUUAAUGUUUGUGCUGGUGUACAUAUUUGAAUGUUUACAUAAAAUAUGAUUUGAUUACUAUAACACAAAGCUAGUGAAACCUAAACAGUUUAAGAUAUACAUGUAAUACUCUAUUUUCAGAUUUUUUUUUGUUUAGUACACAAAGCCUUGAACAUGCAAUUUUUAAAGAUUUCCAAAAUUUAGGUGCAAUUUUCUUUUUCUCACAGAAUUGUAAGUUUUCCACUGAUUGGCAUUCUAACAGUGCUAUUUCAUCUCUUCUUUUAAAGCACCGGAUUCUCCCCUUUGAUUCCAAGUGGCUCUUAUAAAUGGUGGGUUUGCUUAGCUGGCAGCAGGACCAGCACUUCUCUUUCUUCAGAAGAUUGAACAGUUGUCCUAGCAAACCUGGCUGGGUCCAGUUCCGCUUAUGCAUCUGCUUAACUUGUUUCUGCAAUUGCCCUGUGAACAGCAACAGAUGGUUUUCAUGAAGACAAUUACAUAGCAGGCGUCCUCAUAAGCUGGGAUCAGCCUUUGGCAAGCUCCCUGUUUCAUCUCAAUUUACAGGUGAAUGGGAUGCAAAGAAAGCGAGCAUCUCUGGCUUGUGUGGAUAUCUUAUAAGUGAGGUGUGCAAAGACAACCCAGGGUCAGGAUAACAGAAGGUGGCAAUUUCACUGUCUUACAACAAAGCAUGUCUGUUGUCUGCGAAUGGUACCUUGAGAAGCUGAUUAAGUGGCUUUGGUGUCUCCUGUGCACCCAAGCUCCUUCCAAGGCUCCUAUCUCUCCUUUAGGGAAACUGUGUUAUUGAAAAAAAGACCCAGAAUUGGGGCUGGAGGGAUGGCUCAGCUUCUGAGAACACUGACUGCUCCUACAGAGGACCUGAGUUCAAUUCCCAUCAACCCACAGGGUAGCUCACAACUAUGGGUGACUACAGUUUCUCUUCUGACAUUUGUGUGCACAAGGCAUGCACACGGUGCACACACAUACAUGCAGACAAAACACUCAUAUAUAUACAUAUAUACAUA